GGGCAUUGGCACUUUCCUUUCUUAUUUAAUUUUUUGCGGGAACUUUUUUGAAAAGAAAAGAUAUGAGAUUAAAAAAAAAGCAGCAGAAAUUUUCAAAAAAAAAAUUGAGGGGGUAAAUGAAAAGGAAAGCGAACUUUCCGAGCUCCAAAUGCCAGAACUCCACGUAGGAAAAUGGUUACAGCUAAAAACCGAAGAUGUUAAGAAAAUAGUAUUUAAUUUAUUUUAUAGUAUUUUAUAAUUUUAACGAGGAGCGUCGAUGGCGCUUAAUUCUCGGCGAUGUCAUCUUUCGCAUGCCUGAGAUUUUCACCUGCUGCAGGCGUAACCCAUGCUCUCUUCUCCACCAUUUCCAAUUUCUCAUCUUUAUCCAUUUUUUUUCCACCUCUUUUUUCUCUUUUCAGCUUUCGGCUCUUUUUUUGACUCUCUUAUUCAAUCCAAAAAAAAAAAAAAUAAUUUUCAUCAUCAUAGUCUAUAAAUUGUGAGCUCAAAACAUGGAUUUUACAAAGCAGAUUAAUUAUCAGGUUUCGCUGUAUAUAACUCUGAGCGACGAUCAUGAAGUAUAAUUAUUGAGUAUAUAUGUUUUUCGAGCUAGAGGAUUGGUUUGCGUAUAUUCUUGCUUUUGGUUUUGGAUCUAUGGUAAUCUGAUUGGUUCUGGAAUUUGCAGAAGAGAGAGGCAUUUGUAUGAUUAGAAUUCUAGCUAAAUUUUGGCCUUGGAUUGAGGGAUGCUGACAUCUUGUGCUUAAUUUGUACCUAAUUUUUGUGAAAUGGAUUUGUAAAUUAGCGAUCGUCUUUUUGUUUCGUAAAUAUGUGUUGGAUUCGAUUGAGACAAUUGGGUUGCAAAUAGAAGAUAGGAUGUUAGUGACGUGUGAGAGUGUGUUGGUUUUGAUUUGAAGAUUUAGGCAUUGGAGGUAGUGUUUGUAGGCGUUGGGGGAAUACUAGAUUUUGACUGUGAGGUUGUGAAAGUUAGCUGAUAUGACAAUAGCUUGAUUAUGCAUAAUUGGUUGGUGGGUUGAAGAGGAAAAGAGUGUCUCACGGAGCUAAGAUAUUGUCUUUAUGCAAGUAAAUAGACCUGGGAACUUGUUGGGGAACAUGAUCAGGGAGGCGGCUAGCCCAUUUGAUCAAUUGAUUCUGAAAGAGUCUACAUCUGUUGUUGCUAAUGUGGGAAAAAAUGUAAAUAAUAAAAAUAUCUCUGUACAGACAGGUGAGGAAUUCUCCAUGGAUUUUCUUCAGGAGUGUGUUGGCACAAGAGCAACACCUGCUGUACCAGGUGCUGCUUACAUACAUGAGAAGAGAGUUGGGUUCAAUCAGAACCAGAACCAGCAGCUGGGGUACCAGGAUCUUGCCCGAAUUCUUGGGUUGGAAAGAGUGGAUUCCGAGUGUGCUUCUGAUGUUUCUGAUUUUGCAUCUGCAAAAGGGUCUUUUAAAGGGAGUGAAAAUGGGUCUUGUGUUGAAAAAAUAAGUAGAUACCAGAAGGAAGAUGGUGAUAUUGGACAAGUGGCAAGGAAGGCUUUUGGUGAAUUGAAUUGCGAUGUGAGCCAUCCAAAUGGUUUUGGACCAACUACUACACCCAUUUAUGUAUCUGACUCUCCUAGUUCCAGCAACUUUAGGGGGCAAGGAGCUUCUGAUGGAUCUCAAUCUGGGAAAAUGAAAUUUCUCUGCAGCUUUGGUGGAAAAAUAUUGCCUAGGCCUAGUGAUGGAAAACUCAGAUAUGUUGGGGGAGAGACGCGCAUUAUUUCCAUUCAGAAGUGUCUUUCUUGGGAAGAGCUUGUGAGGAAAACUUUAGAUAUCUGCAACCAACCUCAUUCAAUCAAGUACCAACUUCCAGGUGAAGAUCUUGAUGCCCUUAUAUCCGUGUCUUCUGAUGAAGACCUUCAGAAUAUGCUAGAGGAAUACCAUGGGCUUGAAAAGCUUGAAGGUUCUCAAAGGCUGAGGAUAGUUUUGAUUCCUUUUGGUGAAUCCGAAAAUGCAUCUUCUCUUGAGGCUAGCAUCAUUCAGCAGAGCAAUCCUGAUUACCAGUAUGUUGUUGCUGUUAAUGGGAUAGUAGAUCCUUGUCUUAUGAAAAUCUCUGGUGGGCAGUGUUUACCCAGUGAAGGAAGUCAACUAGGACCGGCAUUGGAUCAUAACCCUAGUUUCCACAAAUGUUGUCCCACUUCAGUGAUCCCAUCGGAGACUAAGGGUGCUUUUAAUGCCUUGCAUCCAUCUCAGAUUUUCCAUGAUUCUCAAAAUGCAACCAGGUUGCCACUUCCAUCUCCUCCUAUUACUCCACUACCUUUCCAACAUGGAGGUUCCAACAGUGUUUGUGCACAAGCAUUUGGUGACAACUCCAGCAUUGAAAGCAGUAGUUCCUUCAUUACGGCACACUUGAAUCCUGAGAACUGCGGCACAGAAAUUCCUAACUAUAAACAUGCCCAACAGGUUCCACCUGAUUUGAUGAAUUGUAGUCACCCUUAUGUAAAGGUUGAUGCCAGCCAGACAUACCAAGCAUAUGGAGGGCAGUUACUAAGCCCUAAUCCCAGGGAAGAUUCUCUGACUCUUUCAGUUUUAAACAAAAAUAAUAGUGAUUACAAUUGUGUCUCACAUGGGAGCUCUAUGCAUAAGGAAAGAUCGUAUCUUUUUGAAAAGCCUAUCUCACAUGCUGAUGAUCCAUUGAGUCUGUUGUCAGGAUCUGUUGAUUCCAUUGAUUCUCCCCCAAGCAUGUCACAUGCAUUUUCCGAUCCAAAGCUGCAGGAGCACGGAGGGAGAUCUGCUUACUGUUCACAAGAAGGAGCAAGCCUAUCUUCCCCUUUAAAUUUUGCAAAAACUCAACCACCUUCCCCUCUUGUUUCAAAUGCCAUGCAGGAAAGGUUGAUGCAACAACAUGAUAACAUUGAUAUUAGGAAGCCCAGGGCACAAAAUGAUUUGUCAGAAAUUGAAUCCACAUCAAAGUCAACAUGGGAUAUACUGAGUUCUUCUCCAAAUCCUGAACCUUCUUGCAGGAAUACACCUAUGCAUCAGGCUACUGGCGACAGUAAUGACAAAUGCCAAACAGCUAAAAUUGAUUUGAAUAAAUGCGGUUUCAUGACACCGAAUGGUUAUGAUGAACAUACUGCAAGCUUGGAUGCCAGGAACAGGUCUGAUAAAAAUGAUCCAUUUUUGCAUCAAGGUGGAAAGCUUUGUCAGGGUAGAUCCCCUGAUUGCUGUAUGGAGUACAACAAUAAAUUGUCUAAUGCGGACUGCAAUCAGACUUCUGGUUUUGCUAUUGAUACUUGGAAAAAAGAUUCACAAGUUCCUUCAUCCUUGGCUAUAGAAAAUAACAUAAAGCAUCCACAGACCUUGGACAAAAUCACAUCUGAUAUACUUGAAUGUUGUGGUUUCAGUGGGAAAGUAAUUGAUGGACGAGGGAGCAUUUCUUCUUGCAGUGGGAACCCUGAAGUCACAUGCUUAUUUCCAAAGACCAUAAAAGACUCAAGAGAUGAGUGUUCACUGGGUGAUCUUAUCUCUGAGUCAUUGAAUGGCCCAAUUUUGCAUGAACCACCACAAUUGCAGUGUGUUGCAAGUCAAAAGGAUAUACCAAAAGAAGAUAUGCUGAUGGGCUCAACCAAUUUGCAUCCAUCUCCAGUUCAUGUUGACUCUGGUCUAUGCUCAAACUUGCACAAGGAUGACCUUCAUGCUAUGUCACAGAAUCCAGCAAACAAUGCAGUUUUUAGGAGAGAGGUUUCUCUCAUUGAUGAUGACCUUAAUUUUCCCAAUCAAAAUGCUGAGAAGAUAGGAUCUUUGCAUGAGAAUUCAAUUGUAGAAGAUGUUAAAUUUGAGCAGACAGAACUCUCAAGCAAGAACAAAUAUCAAUUCCAACCACAGCCAGUAGUUAGUUUGGAAGAUGUGGUCGCUAGUGUGCCUUCUGGGAUUCAAGUUCCAUCUGCAGUUGUCCCACGUGUGGAUGUGAUAAGCAGUGAUAUUGUAUCUCCUAUUGCAACAGAGUUGGAGGAUGUCAUUCCAGAAUCUAAGUCUAAGGACGCUACGGUUGAUGCUCGAUACAAGGAUGAGUGCUUCAGUGAUGCCUUGAUAGCUGAAAUGGAAGCCAGCAUCUAUGGCUUGCAGAUUAUAAAAAAUGCUGAUCUUGAAGAACUGAGGGAGCUAGGAUCGGGUACAUAUGGAACUGUUUACCAUGGAAAAUGGCGGGGAACAGAUGUUGCUAUAAAGAGAAUAAAAAAGAGUUGCUUUUCUGGCAGAUCAUCAGAGCAAGAUCGGUUGACCAAAGACUUCUGGAGAGAAGCACACAUCCUCUCAAAUUUGCAUCAUCCAAAUGUGGUUGCAUUUUAUGGAGUAGUACCAGAUGGAACUGGAGGAACCUUGGCAACUGUAACUGAAUUUAUGGUAAAUGGGUCGCUUAGGACUGUCCUAAUCAAGAAGGAUAGAUCACUUGAUCGUCGUAAAAAGCUCAUAAUUGCCAUGGAUGCAGCUUUUGGCAUGGAAUACUUGCACUCCAAAAACAUUGUUCAUUUUGAUCUGAAAUGUGACAAUUUGCUUGUAAAUCUAAGGGACCCAGAACGACCCAUAUGCAAGGUUGGAGAUUUUGGAUUAUCAAGAAUCAAGCGCAAUACUCUUGUUUCUGGAGGUGUGCGAGGCACCCUCCCAUGGAUGGCACCAGAACUGUUAAAUGGUAGCAGCAGCCGGGUUUCUGAAAAGGUUGAUGUGUUCUCAUUUGGAAUAUCAAUGUGGGAAAUCUUGACUGGGGAGGAGCCAUAUGCCGAUAUGCAUUGUGGUGCCAUUAUUGGGGGGAUUGUGAAGAACACUCUUCGACCUCCUAUUCCGGAACAGUGUGAUCCUGAUUGGAGGAAGCUGAUGGAACAGUGCUGGUCUCCUGAUCCUGAAUCUAGACCAUCUUUUACCGAGAUAAUAAACAGGCUUCGAUCCAUCUCUAUGUUGCUUCAGCCCAAGGGACAAUACAAUCAGGCAAGACAGACGAGGCCUAAUGUUACGGCAUGAGUAGUCAUCGUUAUAUGCGAGCACUUGUUUUGUUUGUAGGUACGUCCGUAAACUUAAGUAUCUAUCUUUGAUGUAGAGGAUCAAAUCAUCAGAACGAUGAGCAUGAGUAGAGUUUGAUCAUUGAUGGCCAAAAUUUUCCCCCUUCUUACCGUUGUUAAUAAAUAUAUCGAUUCAUUUGUUUAUUCUUUUGUAACUGAGUAAUCAGGUGGUCAUAGUAGUAAGCCUGAUAGAGAGCAUUUACAGAGUUCUCCGGCCAGUUUAUUAUUGAUGAUUUUGUUGAAAAUAGUAUGUUUAUAUGUAUAUACACAUAUUCAGAAAAGAAAGAGAGAAAAAAAAAAGGUGCCAUGGUUUUCACAUGUUCAUUCAUUUUCUUGGUGGUGCUUGUUUGAACAGUAAUAUCGAAAAUUACAGGCAGAAAAUUUCUAUAUAACUUUAU